AUGGGUUCGCGUCAGUCUGUACCGGAUGCCGAGUCGAUCUAUGACUUUACAGUCAAGGACAUCCAUGGAGAAGAGAUCUCCCUUGCUACAUACAAGGAUACUGUUCUCCUCAUCACUAACCUGGUCACCUUGCACGAGAAGCUCCGCGACCGCAACUUCAACAUUCUUGCAUUCCCCUGCAACCAAUUCGGCGGACAAGAACCCGGCACCAACGAAGAGAUCCUCGAGUUUGUGGCGCGGUACAACGUCCAGUUCCCGCUCUUUGACAAGAUUGACGUCAACGGUAGCAACGCCGCCCCGCUGUACCGCUAUCUCAAGGCGCAGUCGUCGACGCUGUUUAUGACCCGUGUCAAGUGGAACUUUGAGACCUUUGUCGUCGACGCAGACGGCCACGUCGUCUCGCGCCAUCUGCCCACCGUCUCACCGCUCUCACUCGAGGACGACAUCGUUCGCCUCCUUGACGAGCGCGACGCCCGCGACACCGCCGACAACAACUAG